GUUGCCUUUUUGUGUUGGGUUGGAUAUUUAAUUAAAAGUAUCUCCAACCCGAUCCAACCCAAUUAUAAACAAACCGUAGGGUUUUAAUUUUUUUGGGUUGGAUUGAACAUUUUCAAAACUGCAGUAUAUGAGUCGGGUGAUUAAAAUGACGAAAUCCGAACCACCUGACCCACGUACACCCCUAGACUGGGAACUACGGACAUGAUAGAAAAACUACAAACUCAUGGCAUCAACAUUGACCAACCCUGAAAGAAUGCUUGUUGAAACUAGCUUUGAAGAUCUCAAAAAUUUAUUUAAAAUAAUUUUUAUUUUGUAUUGACCAGAUAACUGAGUGCAAACUUACAAUUGUUUAAAGUUGUAUGUUAGCUGAAAAUCGUUAGAAUUGGCUGCGAUUUUAACGGGUAGAUCGCGUUUCUGGACAACCAUUUGUAUAGAUCGCAUCUGUUAGAACUUAGAAGCGAUCGAUGUAAGAUAACUCCGGUAUCCAGCGAAUCAAUAAUUAAAUAUCAAUAUCAUUGAACAGCAGCGAAGCAUACCAAAUUUGUGCAUUUUGGAAAAAUUAACUGGUAAUUUUGGGAUUUCAUUGUGGAAAAAAUCCGCAUACAUGCCAACCGAACCCCGGUUGAAGAAGCUUUGGACAAACGUCAAUCCACUCAGAAGCAGGAGAAAAGCUUUCAACUUCAGGAUGCUUCAGAAACUGAUAGAUUAGCAAUCUUUUUAUUCUCUCUUCAGUUACCUCGUGCAAUUCACGGUGCUUCAGUUGCUUUCACUCUUAACACCACAAUGGCCGCAAUCUUGUCCUCACUGGCUCAUGCACCCUCCAUUAAUUCCUUCUUCAGCUCAAGCCUAUAAAAACGGCCCUGAACCAAAUCCACUAUCCUCACAGCCAAAACACAAUCACAUCUAAACUCAAUACAGACUCCAAAACACACAACCACGAUGAUGAAGUUCACCAGCCAAACCUCUUCCCCCAUCCUUCUCCUCGUCACAAUUCUCAUCCUCGCUGCGACCUACGUGGACUGCCAGACCUGCAAGCCAAGUGGCCACAUCACAGGGAUUACUCCACCACCGGGGCAAUGCAACCAAGGCGAGGAAUCCGACUGCUGCAAAACCGGCAAGCAGUACACCACCUACAAAUGCUCCCCUCCGGUCACCGCCAGCACCAAGGCGACCCUGACGUGGAACAGCUUCGAGGCAGGGGGAAGCGGCGGAGCACCAUCCGAGUGCGACAACCAGUUCCACUCCGACGACAAGCCUAUCGUUGCUCUGUCGACGGGGUGGUUCAACAAGAAAUCGAGGUGUCUCAACUUCAUCAACAUUCAUGGGAAUGGGAAGACUGUCAGGGCCAUGGUGGUGGAUGAAUGUGACUCAACCAUGGGGUGUGAUUCUGAUCAUGAUUACCAGCCUCCUUGUCCGAACAACAUUGUUGAUGCUUCGAAGGCGGUGUGGAAGGCCUUGGGUGUGGCGGAGAGUGACUGGGGUGAUCUGGAUAUCACCUGGUCUGAUGCUAAUUGAUUCACAAUUGAUUGUUUGUGUAUGGUAUCAAAGUUUCUGGUUUUGUACAUAGAGAUAUUGUUAAUGUCUUCGUGAGUAUAUGAAUCAUGUAUGUAUGUAUAUUCUAUCAUCUGUAACAUAUUAAAAAGCUUUGAUUGAUUGUUAUGUUUGAAUUGAGUAUGUCAAAAAAUAUAGCUUUGUUGGAUUCUGUUAUCUGUACCUUCAUAUUGCAAAGUUUUCUCUCCUGAAGAAACAGAAUGAUUGUUG